AUGACACGUCGUGGGUUGUGGCGAAAAUGCACUGUCAUUAAUGCCACUUGUGAAAUGACUAUACCAUUCAUUUCGGAAUCCGAUGGUUGGCAGGGUGCAGCCACGUGUAUCCUCCUUGUCGCAAUUUUCAUUGGUCUCUUAGGCACUGGAUUGGCAAUAUUUGGACAUUCAGGAUCGGACCUAGUUCAACGUCUCUACUACUUUCACUCCAGUGGAGAAAUAUUUUUUCUAGCAGGUUUUAUUACAUUUCUCACCUUCGGCAUCUACCGCAGCUACGCCAAUCUUAAUCUCCUAAGCCCACGACAGACAUCGCCCCAACCGACCACCACUCAAGACCCCCAUCACUCUCUAGUAACUAAUGCCACCUCUUCUCCAAUCUCCUCCACAACUACCACUCUGAGUCCACAACUGCUGUGGCAGGUCUACUACGGCUCUGCGGACAUCGUUGGAUGGUGUGGAGGAAUAUUGUUCAUGGUUGCUGCUGUUGCUCUGCUGGUAAAGGGUGAUGAUGUCUCAGGCGAAUUGGAGGGAGCGAGCAAGAUUGAUGAGUUCCUUCAUGAAUUGACUCGGCUGGGUCAUACGCGAUGGCCAAGUUUGGCUCUAUUCCUGCAUUGGGGUGCCGUGAAGAUGACAUCGAGUAAUCGGCGAAUACGCAACGCUCAUAGACGCUGUCUUCAAAUUUUCCGUCGAAAUCCACCCUCGGCUAGUUCCAUCAAAAUUCCAACGACACCAGCCACCACUUCUAUCCCCGAUUCCUCCCAACCCGUCUCCUACCGUCCGACAACUGGUGCAAGUAUGAAACGACACAAACGGUGGCGUCUACAUCGACAGUGA